AUGCGCGAGGCCUACCCGCCGCCGCCCUCGCUCUUCAACCUGUACGGAAACGACGACGGGGUGUCCCCGCUGCCGCCGCCUCCGCCGCCCAUCCCCACCCCUGAUGACGUGGCAGCGCUGCGCGAGCGCAAGGUGGAGCUCAAGGUGCUGGGCAACCCCAUCAAACUGCAUGAGGAGCUGGUGCCCCCGCUGAGCACCCAGGCGCUCUAUCGCACCCAGCCUGAUGGGAGCAUAGACUUCAAGUCCGAGCUGCGGCGGCUGUCUGGCGAGCUGUUGUUCAUGUUCCUGGAGCUUACCAAGAGCCUGGCGGAGCAGCCGGCGGGCUACGCCCCCCGGCUGACGCAGGUGAACGUGCUGCUGUCCAACCUGGUGCACCUCACAGCGGCCAUGAGACCGCUGCAGGCUCGCGCCACGCUGGAGGCCAGUCUGCGGUUGCAGCUAGGCGCCAUGCGGGG